UUUGGACUUUGCGAAACUUAGAAGCUUCGAGCCGAAUCAUGAAGAGAAGGAAGAGAGGAGCAAGCAAAUUGAGUAAGCAAACGAGGAAGGGAAAGAAAGUUUUCGUUCCAGAUAUUUCUGAUGGAAUUGGAAUAGCAGGAACCAGCAAGGACAAAGUAAUGACUCCGUUAAUUUCAUCUUCUCAACGUGAUAAUAAUGAUGAAAGGCAAUCCGUGAUAUUCAGAACCAUCAUAAGAGGUUCUCGAAACCAAAAUGAUUUACGAUUUAGUCCGGAUUCCAGAGGUCACCAAUGUACUGCAAUCGCGGCAGUUGCAUUGGCUUAUAGCAAACUUCUCCCCUUCAAUGCUUGGUGCACUGCGAUCAUAGAUAAUAUUAUGGAUUACGGGGAUAAAUUAUAUUUAAAAUCAAUUUUUUCGCGGAAUUUACCCAUUUUUAAUCAUUUGUUAGUUGUGGAGGUGUUUCCAAAGUUCAAAAUCAAUAACGUUUGUUUUUCAUUGCAUAUAAAUGAGGAAGAUUCAGUUGUGGGUCAUAUAAACAUUGAAAAUCAUGAAGAAUUCGAUAUUCCGUUAGCGCAAGGUCUACCACAGGUUUUUCGAAAUUAUACUUCCGCUAUAUUUACGUCUGGGGAAUUAUCUACCUGUAUAGGAAAAAUAGCGAACUCCUAUUAUCUAUUUGAUUCUCACAGUCGUGGGGCGAACGGUGAAUGUAUAGAAGAGGAAGGUAAAGCAUGCUUGCUCAGCUUCAAUAAUCUCCAAUAUUUAUUGAAUUAUUUAUUGCAAAAUUAUUCUCCUGUUCUGCUCUACAAUUUGACUCCGAUAGAGGUGCGAAUGGUUUCUGUGGAUAAUUUGUCAGAUGGAGACCAGUAUUAUUUACUGGAGGAAUACGAUUCCUCCUCAUUUGGAGUCGUUCCAUCUGAAAGAAUAUCUACAAAAGCAGUUUUGUCAUCGAUGAUAUCGGAAAAUUGCGAAGUUGGACAGGACGAUAAUUACGAAACGGAAACCCCUACGUCUGUUGUGUGUGAUGUCGCUGAACAUCAGGAGGACACGCCUGCCCAUUACCUUGAGGCGCUUAGUAGUGAGUGCUCUUUCUGUGGAGCUCUAUUUUUUCGCACCGAGAAUAUGAUUUGCUGCAAAAGAGGCGCAGUGAGCCUUCCGGUGAGUGCCGCUUAUCCGGACCUGCUGAAGGCUUUGAUCAUGAACAACCACCCUCAAUCGAAGAACUUCAUACAACAUAUAAGAAGUUACAACACGCUGCUCGCCCUUGGCUCCACUACAAUCGUUCAAAGAGAAGGUUUGGCGAGAGGAGCCCCUGUUGUUGUGGUCUCAGGACAGAUAUACCACCGAGUAGGCGAUGUUUGUCCAUCCGAUCCAGCAUUUGGAUCGCUGUAUUUCGUGGAUUCAGGAGAAGCCACGAAGAAGAGGGCAUCAAAAGGAGUUGGAGACGGUUGCAACCCCCGAUUAUUAGGGCAAAUAGAUGCUCUGCUGAGGGAAACUCACCCAUACGCCCAAAUGUACUCUACCCUAGGUCAAGUGGUUCGUGACACACGACGAACCAGUGGUAACGAUUCCGUUCCGCAACUUGGCCUAUAUUUCCACCAACAACCAGGAACCAACAGGAAGGUCUACGCGGCACCUUCCACUUCCACCGAAAUCGGCGCUAUUUUUCGUACAGUCGACGGGGAUAUACCUCCACCAGGCACAGUUCGUGUGAAUUUAAUAAGUACAAGUAAUAGUUUCCAAAUUAAGGAUAUCCCAAAAUUGUCUCCAAUUGUUGAUGCUCUCUGUUAUCCAUUACUUUUCCCUAACGGAGAAUUGGGAUGGUCGACUGGGUUGCAGAAAACAAUUGGAAAUAAACGGAUUUCAAAAUUAGAAUUCGAGUGCUACCGUCUGAUGAUUCGUGCAAAUCAUUUUAACCCGAUCCUUCUUUCUGGGCGCUUGGCUCAACAGUUCAUCGUUGACAAAUACGUUGAGUUAGAAGGUUUCCGAUUAAAUUUUUUGCGAACACAUCAGAAGGAAUUACGCGUCGAGAGCUACGUCGGGCUCCAAGAUUAUAUUGCGCGAAGAACGGUAGUGGAACCAGACGGUGGUGAAAGAAUAGGUAGAGUUACUAUCCUACCGAGUUCGUUCAUCGGAGGGGCACGUUUCAUGCAGCAAAAUUAUCAAGAUGCAAUGGCCAUUGUAGCAAAAUAUGGCAGACCCUCCCUUUUCGUCACUUUCACCUGUAACCCCAACUGGCGUGAGAUCACUGAAAAUAUGGGAAGUAAACUGUUGAAUCCUCAGGAUAGACCGGAACUAAUCGCGCGAGUGUUCGAUUUAAAAAGGAGGGCAUUUUUCGAGGAUAUAUUGAAAUUCAAAAUUUUCGGUGAUGUCAUCGCUUACGUUUACGUUAUAGAAUUUCAAAAACGCGGUCUUCCUCAUAUGCACUGCCUUCUGACUUUGGCAGAUGAAUAUAAACUGCGAAAUUCUGAGGAUGUAGACAAGCUGAUUUGCGCCGAGCUACCAGCCGAAAACACCCGGCUUUUUGAUAUUAUAAUGUCCACCAUGAUUCACGGACCCUGUGGUGAUCGCGCACCGGAUCCUCCAUGUAUGGUCGACGGACAGUGCACCAAGCAUUAUCCCAAAGAGUUUUCGGAAAUUACCAAAAUUAAUUGUGCGUUGCCCGUAUAUAGGCGAAGAAAUGACGGUCGCACCGCGAUAUUCAAAAGAAACAAAGGAAUGUGUGUGAUAGAUAACAGAGACGUAGUUCCGUAUAAUCCAUAUUUAUCCAUGAAAUAUCAAUCUCAUAUAAACGUGGAAGUUAUAACUUCAGUAGGAGCUAUCAAAUAUGUUUUCAAAUACAUAAAUAAAGGUCCCGAUGCUGCCGUUCUUCAGUUGCGAAAUGAGGUCGUUUGGGACGAAAUCCAAGCAUUCAUUGAUUCCCGCUACAUCUCUUCCGGUGAAUCAGCUUGGAGAUUGUUGUCUUUCCAUAUUCAAGACAAAAGUCAUACAAUCUAUAGGUUACCCGUCCAUUUGCCUGGAGAACGUGAGGUAUAUUUUGAAGAAGGGGAAGAGAUGACAGCGUUACAACGUUCAAAACUCAGUCGUUUGGAGGCGUAUUUCGAACUUAAUGUGAACGAUCCUAGCGCACGUGAAUGGAAGUAUUGUGAAAUACCUCUCCUUUAUUCUUUUAAUGCCACCCAACAUCGCUGGGUUAGACGUUUGAGAAAACGAUCUGUAAUACCUAGGAUGUACACUAUAAGUCCGAAGUACAUAGAAAAGUUUAAUUUGCGUAUUUUGCUCCUUCACGUUCCAGGAGCAAAAUCUUUUAAUGAUUUAAAAUCCUUCGGCGGCACAUUAUAUUCUACGUUUAAAGAAGCGGUACUGGCCAGAAAUCUGAUAGCGUCAGAUUCGGAGUGGUUCAGAACUCUGGAACACGCAGCCCUGGUAGAAAUGCCCGGGUGUAUGCGGAAAUUAUUCGCGUACAUGCUGUGUUUCUGUGAGAUCGGCGAACCACUGUCACUUUGGAAUGAGUUCAAGCGAUUCAUGAUAGAGGAUUAUGUGAGGAAAGGUAUCUCAGAAUGCCAAUCUGAAGAUUGCGCUCUGCGUAGAAUCGAGAAGACAUUACGUUUUCUGGGAAAAACUCUCAGAGACUUUAAUCUGCCGGAGCCGACCUCAAGUUCGGGAGUCAACGUUACCAACACCAACGACGACGAUGAGAAUUCGAGAACGGAGUCGUCAGAUUCAAGUCUUGGGAGUUUGAACCAGGAACAACGCAAUGUGUUCAACAAAAUCAUUUCUGCGGUCGAGUCAGCGGCGUUAGGUGUAGAUAGAUAUUUCUAUCUCCAAGGCAGUGGUGGUACGGGAAAGACUCAUCUGUACAACACGUUGCUGGAAUAUUGCGAGGAACGGCAUAUACCAACUCUUGCCGUAGCCUUCACUGGGAUAGCUGCGUUAUUGCUCAGAAACGGAAGAACGGUCCAUUCGACGUUCAGGUUGCCAUUACAUCUGAAUGCAUCUUCCCGCUCCUCUAUAACGGCACAAUCCCAGGAGGCUGACCACUUGAGAAAAAUUCGGCUUAUAAUUUGGGACGAAGUCUCUAUGGCCAGUUACCAUGUCCUUAAUAUUUUGGACGAUCUACUUCGAGAUGUAUGUAUGGACCCCCGGCCUUUCGGAGGUAAAUGCAUACUACUUGGAGGAGAUGUUAAACAGCUACUUCCAGUAGCUUCUGGUCGUGUAGAACAAAUCGAGCUCUUUUUCACAAAUUAUAGGUUCUGGAAAGUUUUUCAAGUGGUCCAUCUGAUGACCAAUAUGCGUGUAAAUGCAGGUGGGGAGGAUUUCACCCGGUGGCUAGAAGAUCUGGGCAGGGGUACCACCAACACCCAAAUCGUCAAAGACAAGGACACAAAAGAUGGUGAUUUUGUUAAUCUGCCAGAUCGUUGUCUGACGGUUGAUGUUGUUAGAGAGAUUUACGGACAGCUUCACGCUCUUACACCACAGCAACUCGCACAGCGAGCUAUUCUCUGUCCCAAGAAUGAACAUUGUAAUUUACUCAAUGACAAAAUUCUCGAAUCGUUUCCCGGAAAGACCUUCGUUAUUCACAGUAACGAUAGCGUGGCUUCGGGUGAUGAAGACGAGGUGGCAAACUUUCCGGAAGAAUAUUUGAGCAGCAUAACACCAAGCGGAAUGCCUCAUCACAAACUCAAACUCAAAGUAGGUGUACCGGUUAUACUUCUUCGAAAUUUAUGUCUUGAAGAUGGAUUGAUUAACGGUACACGACUACUGGUGUUAGCUGUGACAGAUAUGUUGAUAACAGCCGAGAUCGUCACCGGCCGUUUUUGCGGGAGAAGAGUUCUCAUUCCUAGAAUGGAUCUAACUUCUUCCGACCAAAACUUGCCGUUUGUACUGAAAAGACGAUAA